AUGAGGCGGCGUGAAAGUAGUAGAGAGAAACAAGAUGGGAUGGGUGGGGUGGAAAGGCAAAGACCUAGGGAAGCAAGAGCAAGCUUUCUUCUACUUCCUGCUUCCUGCCCAAAGUCUUCUAUUGUGAACUUUGCAGCAAGAAGUAAAGAACGCCCUAAAACAUCAACUGUUGGGACUAUGCAGCGAUUCAAAGAGAUGAAAGAGCUGCAUGAUGCAAGCAGCCAUGAUGAUAGGAAGAAGCGAGAGCAGCAGCGUCAAGAGAGGGAGAUGACUAAAAUAGCUGAUACCCGUAAACAACAGCAGUUGCAACAGAACAAGCAAGAAGAAGACUCAGAGAACGCCCCAGUUUCAUCACCGGCUAAGGCCACUGUUGCACCACUUGCUGUCCAUGAACAACGAAAAAUAUUGAAGUUUGGCUUUUCUUCAGAAAGCAGCCGUAUAUCAAAGGUACAACAAUAA